UGCUCCUCUGACGGGACUCUUAUAAGGGAACUUUGACAAGUUGGACUCAGUUUCCUUCUGGUCCCAAAGUCGGAUCUGCGAGCUGCAGAGGUCCGGACAGAGUCCCGUGGGCCCCCGUGUCUGUCCCCGUGUUUUUCCAGCUAACGCCCCCUGAGGAUGGGUGACUGGAGCGCUCUGGGCCGUCUGCUGGACAAGGUCCAGGCCUACUCUACGGCCGGAGGAAAGGUUUGGCUGUCAGUCCUCUUCAUCUUCAGGAUCCUGGUCCUAGGUACGGCUGUGGAGUCAGCCUGGGGAGACGAACAGUCUGCCUUCAAAUGUAACACCCAGCAGCCUGGCUGUGAGAACGUGUGCUAUGACAAGUCCUUCCCCAUCUCCCAUGUCCGCUUCUGGGUUCUGCAGAUCAUCUUUGUGUCCACGCCCACGCUCCUGUACCUGGCUCACGUCUUCUACCUGAACAGGAAGGAGCAGAAGCUGAACAGGAAGGAGGAGGAGCUCAAAGCGGUGCAAAAUGACGGCGGCGAUGUUGACCUGCCGCUGAAGAAGAUCGAGAUGAAAAAGUUGAAGUAUGGCAUUGAGGAGCAUGGCAAAGUGAAGAUGAAAGGAGCCCUGCUGAGGACCUACAUUGUCAGCAUCUUCUUCAAGUCUCUGUUUGAGGUGGGCUUCCUGGUCAUCCAGUGGUACAUGUACGGCUUCAGUUUGAGUGCCGUCUACACCUGUGAGAGGGCGCCGUGUCCCCACAGGGUGGACUGUUUCCUGUCUCGCCCCACAGAGAAGACGGUCUUCAUCUUCAUGCUGGUGGUCUCGCUGGUCCUUGUGCUGAAUAUCAUCGAGCUGUUCUAUGUGUUUUUUAAGAGGAUCAAAGACCGCGUGAAGCGCAAGCAGCAGCCACCCUCUACCCCGGCGGAGGCACCCUGAGCCCCACCCCCAAAAGACCUCUCCGCUGCCAAGUACGCCUAUUAUAAUGGCUGCUCCUCCCCCUCCGCCCCGCUCUCACCCAUGUCACCCCCAGGCUACAAGCUAGCCACGGGGGAGCGGGGAACCGGCUCGUGCCGCAAUUAUAAUAAACAGGCAAACGAGCAAAACUGGGCCAACUAUUCCACGGAGCAGAACCGACUGGGUCAGAAUGGUGCAGGAAGCACCAUCUCAAAUUCCCACGCUCAAGCCUUUGACUUCCCUGACGACACCCACGAGCACAAGAAACUGUCUUCGUCCUCGGCGGGACACGAGCUGCAGCCGUUAGCGCUGAUGGACGCCAGGCCCUGCAGCCGAGCCAGCAGCCGCAUGAGCAGCCGAGCCAGGCCGGACGACCUGGACGUGUAAGAGCUGCGCCCGCCGCCACUGAGUCAGGAAGCACAUAGGUUUAUAAAGAAGGCGGGGCUAACCUCAAUCACUGUCUUCAGAUUAGUCAGAGAGACGGUAACACUUGUUAUGUAACACUGUCAAAAAGGUACAAACGUGUGUGGUGACUGUUGCUGUAACCUUUUAGUGGGGCUAACCAAUCAGAGAACAGUAAGAGUCCUUCAGAUCAACAACACGCAACCACAGUGCUGACGAGGUCACGUCAAAGCAGAAAUCGCCUUCUUUACAACCCGAGUCUUGUUUCUGUUCUUACUUUACUCCUGAUGGUGUUUGAAUGGCUCUGAUCAGCCGCUGUGUGGGUCGACCGCCGACCAUCUGGUCUCAGCC